AUGGAGUUAGAACUAUUUGAUGUAUGGGGGAUUUACUUUAUUGGACCUUUUCCAUCAUCCUACUCAAAUAGUUGUAUACUUGUGGCUGUAGAUUAUAUGUCAAAAUGGGUAGAGGAUAUUGCCACCGCCACAAAUGACAACAAGGUCGUAAUGAGCUUCUUAAGAAUGAACAUUUUCAGCAGGUUUGGAGUUCCCAGGACACUCAUUAGUGAUGGAGGAACACAUUUCUGCAAUAAACAACUGAAAGCACUCCUGCUUAAAUAUGGAGUCAAGCACAAGGUGGCAACUCCUUUUCAUCCGCAGACCAACGGGCAAGCAGAGAUUUCCAAUAGGGAGCUAAAAAGGAUUCUUGAAAAAACUAUUGGAAGCUCAAGGAAGGACUGGUCUAAGAAGCUAGACGAUGCUUUAUGGGCCUACAGAACAGUCUUCAAGACCCCAUUGGGAUGUCUCCAUACCAAUUGGUAUUUGGCAAGGCUUUUCACUUGCCAGUUGAGCUUGAACAUAGAACUUAAGUUCUUCCCUGGGAAGCUUAAGUCUAGAUGGUCAAAACCUUUCACCAUCAUCAAAGUGUACCCCUAUGGUCAGGUGGAACUUAUGGAGGACAAAACACAAAGAACCUUCACUGUAAAUGGCCAUAGACUCAAGCAUUACCUGGGGGAUUCACUGGUUGAAAGGAGAUGGAUCAAUGACAAAGAUGGGAAACCCAACCAACUAAGAAGAAGGGACUUGAGCCCACAAGCUAGGGGGUGGCUGGACUUUGUGAGAAGAUCUUUGAUUACUACAUCCAACACCUCCGAGGUGACCAAGGAGAGAGCUGUGCUCAUAUACAACAUUAUAAAAGGAGAGAAUGUAAAUGUUGGGGAGUUGAUUGCCAACAACAUAAACAAGAUAUUGAAUAGCACUAAUGAAAGCACAAGGUUGGCAUUCCCCAGCAUCAUACAAGAGCUAUGUGAUGACGCUGGAGUUGAGAAAGUUAUUGAUGAGGUGCUAGUAAUGUAA